CCUAUAUUCAUGCCAAAAUCUCCACUUUCUCUCUCUAGUGUCGGUGUUGGGUUAGGGUGUAGAUCUUGGGAGGAUUGGUGGUGAAUGGUGUGUGUUUUCUACUUUUUAUUUUUUAGCAUGAGGGCUUGAGAUCUCUAUGAUAAGGAGUGUUUGUUCAAAGGGUUUGGUGUGUAUGAGGGAUCUGGGAAGUGGUUUAUUUCAAUGCUUUUUCGUGAAGGAUUACAAGAGAAGAACGAGGUGGGAUUGUGGGCUUGUGAUCAGAAGCAGGGGUAGGUGGGGCAAAUGUGGCUGAUUUUUCUUUGCUCUCAUCACUCUUUUCGCUUCCCACAAUUCUCUUUCAGCUCCCCCACUUCUUGCUGCUACAUUUCUUAAUUAUGCUCUCAGAUCAGCCAAAAAAGAAUUCUGCAGAGAUGGACUUCUUCUCUGAGUAUGGUGAUGCCAAUAGAUACAAGAUUCAGGAAGUUGUUGGAAAAGGAAGUUAUGGUGUUGUUUGUUCAGCAGUUGAUACUCUUACUGGUGAAAAAGUGGCAAUAAAGAAAAUACAUGAUAUCUUUGAACAUAUCUCUGAUGCUGCUCGAAUUCUCCGUGAGAUAAAGCUGCUCAGGCUUCUACGGCAUCCCGAUAUUGUUGAAAUUAAACACAUUAUGCUACCACCUUCAAGAAGAGACUUUAAAGAUAUUUAUGUCGUUUUUGAACUUAUGGAGUCGGAUCUACACCAAGUCAUCAAAGCUAAUGAUGAUUUGACGAGAGAGCACUAUCAAUUUUUUCUUUACCAAUUGCUACGGGCAUUGAAGUACAUUCACACUGCAAAUGUCUAUCACCGGGAUUUAAAACCAAAGAAUAUAUUGGCAAAUGCAAAUUGUAAACUCAAAAUAUGUGAUUUUGGGUUAGCAAGAGUUGCAUUCAGUGAUACACCUACAACAAUAUUUUGGACGGAUUAUGUUGCUACAAGAUGGUAUAGAGCUCCAGAGUUAUGUGGAUCAUUUUUCUCCAAGUAUACACCUGCGAUUGAUAUAUGGAGUAUAGGCUGCAUUUUUGCCGAGGUAUUAACAGGGAAGCCAUUAUUUCCUGGAAAAAAUGUUGUGCACCAGCUGGAUUUGAUGACUGAUCUGCUUGGGACACCAUCUUUAGAUACCAUUUCUCGGGUUCGAAAUGAGAAGGCAAGGCGAUACCUUACUAGCAUGAGGAAGAAGCAGCCUGUAAUAUUUGCACAGAAGUUUCCAAAUGCUGAUCCUUUGGCACUACGGCUAUUGGAAAGGCUUCUUGCCUUUGAUCCAAAGGAUCGGCCAACUGCUGAAGAGGCAUUGGCUGAUCCCUACUUUAAGGGUCUGGCAAAGGUUGAGAGGGAACCUUCUUGCCAACCAAUUACAAAGAUGGAAUUUGAGUUUGAGAGGAGAAGGGUUACAAAGGAGGACAUACGGGAGCUAAUUUUCCGGGAGAUACUAGAAUACCAUCCUCAACUACUCAAAGACUACGUGAAUGGAACUGAAAGGACUAAUUUUCUCUAUCCAAGUGCUGUUGAUCAAUUCAGAAAGCAAUUUGCACAUCUAGAGGAAAACAGUGGUAAAACUGGGCCGGUAAUUCCACUUGAGAGAAAGCAUGUGUCACUUCCCAGGUCUACUGUUGUACAUUCAAAUACAACCCCUGCAAAAGAACCACAUAUCAUAGCCUUCAAGGAUCGUCAAAUUGGAGAAGAGUCAUGCAGUAGGAGUUCUAGAGACACAGAUGGAAUUCCUGGAAAUCUGUCAAGGAGCUUGCAGGCAUCCCAACGGAUCCCAAUGGCCAAACCAGGAAAGGUUGUGGGGCCAUUGGCACCACCCGAGAAUGGAAGUGCCAUUAAAGAUGCAUAUGAUCACAGGACAUUAAUCAGAAAUGCAGUCCUUCCUUCCCAGGCUCUUCCUCCUGCGUAUUGUUAUCGCAGAACUAGUGCAGGAAAGCAAGAAAGAUGUGUGGGAGAAGCAGAGAGGGACUUAUCAUCACAAGCAAAACAAGUCCCUCAAUGUGGCAUGACAGCCAAGUUGGCCCCAGACAUAGCCAUCAAUAUUGACACCAAUCCAUUCUAUAUGACAAGGGCGGGAGUGACCAAGGUGGACCAUGUUGAUGACCGAAUUACUAUUGAUGCAAACUUGCUGCAAGCCAAAGCUCAGUUCGGUGGGAUUGGUGCUGCUGCUGCAGCGGCUGCAACAGCAGCUGCUCACAGAAAAGUUGGGACAGUUCAGUUUGGUAUGUCAAGAAUGUAUUAGAUGGGGGGUGGGGAGAAAAGGUUAGUGGAGUUGCCGAUAAUAUUGGGUAAAUGGAGAAACCCCAAGUGUGGUAGAGCUCUUUACAGUUGGGGAUGGGAUGGGAACCACUUAGAGGAGAGUUGUCUAGGAAUUGUGUAAAAAGAACAAGAUGAGGGAGGGAGGGAGGAAGGGGGCGAGGGGGUCUUUCUCAAGUUGUGUUAGACACUAAUUAAUUGUGUUCAUGAGAAACUACAUAGUAGUGAAAUUAUACAUUCCAUUUCAUAAAAGAAAAUUUCAUUGUGUGUGUGGGUGUGGGGUGCUCACUUUUAGCCUGAAGAAAUUAGAGAAAUAAGCAAGCAAGAAACCAUAGUUUCUUUUUCUUUGGUACUGUAGUGUUGCCUACAAUGUAAACGUUUAACCAUCUUCUUUACAAGAAGCAUUCCAUUUGAUUGAUUUUCUUUCA